AUGAGCUCUGGCUCCGCCCAGGAUGUGGCGGUGGAGAAUUUCCUGCGUGACAUAGAGAGGCGGGGCCAGUGGCUGCACUGUGCUGUUAUUGGCUGUGAGGAGGAAGAGGAGUAUCCCCGUGGCGACAUGAACCUGCUGUACCGCAAAAGUCGAGUGGACUGGAGACACAGAGACCAGGAGGGCAAGAAAAGCUCCAGUUAUAAAGAUGCCUCCUCUGCGACUGUUGGGAAGGUUCGUGAUCUGGCGUCAUUCCGCCGUCAUUUCCGAAUGGGAUUUAUGACGAUGCCGGCAUCUCAGGAUUUGUCGCCCCACUCUUGUGCGGCCGCCAUGGCCCCACGCUCCCAGUCCUGCCACGCUGUGGGCACCGGUGAGGGAGAGGAACUGGAAAAUGGUUAUUAUCCAAACUCGGACUCCCAAAACCAAUCAAAUCCAUCCCGCUGCCCCCCAGCCAAGCCUAAACGCCACCCCAAUACUCGUCUCAGCUCCACACCUCAGCUGGAGCAUCCUGCCCGUGGGGUCCAUGGACCACCUGACACUCCGCCACCUCCACCUCCUAAUCACCCACCCAAACACACAGAGAAGCGCAAUGCAAUGAAGAAGUCAGAUUCAGGUGAAAUGUCAGGACGGAAAGUUCCUCCAUUGAAACCAAAACGGAGUCCAAGUACACAGCUCUCCUUUGACCCCCCGCCUGCUCGAGUCCCACCCCCAACCACGCCUCUUAACUUCCAGAGCUCUGAACCCUCUCCACGGGGUGAGGGGGGAGACGAUGAACCUGUUUACAUUGAGAUGGUGGGCCAGGUGUUCACCCGAGAGACUCACUGUGCUCCCACUCCUCUCCCCCUCACACCAUCUGCCACCACGCCUGACUCAGACUCAGACCAGGGAGAGGCCAUCUAUGAAGAGAUGAAGUAUCCACUACCAGAUGAAGCAGCUCGAGAUGCCCACCGCCACUUGCCACUCAAACAAGAGCGUAUCAAGUCCUCUAAAUCUUACCACUCCUCUAUCAUUUCAUCUGCCUCUUCCUCCACCUCCUCCUCUCUCCCGCGCCCCUCAUCCUCUUCUCCGGCCUGCUCCUCCUCCAAGCCUAAAGUGACUGUCUCCACCUCUCAUUCCUCUCCUCUUCCAUCAUCCUGUUCUUCUGCAUCCUCCACUCCCAUACCUCAACCCCUCUCCUCCUCACCUCACCCUCCCCGUGCCCCCACACCCUUCCUGUUGCCAGGAGCAAAGCCUGAACAUGAGUCCAGCUCUAGUAAGAUUCCAGCACCCUUUCCUAACUUGCUUCAGCACAAGCCCCCUCUUCUGGCAUUUCCUCAGCCAGCUGCUGCCUCCAGUGGAGUGGGGGCUCAGCACAAGUCCAGCUCGGCCAAGAUCAGCGUGCAAUCAGCCUCCAGCCUGCCAGUGUCAACCAGCACCUCCUCCGGCACUAGCUCCACCAGUACUUCCAAAGAGUCCUCUGGAAUCGAGAAGGAAAAGGAGAAGGAGAGGAGGGAUGGACAGCUGGGACCGGCACCGGGACUCAGAGCCCGGAGUCAUUCCACUCCUCUUCCUCCAUCGUCGAAAUCCUCCUCUCCAUAUUCCCACCACCAUCAUCAUCAUCACUCACACCACCGGCCUUCCCACUAUCAUCAUUACCGCAAGCCUGAAAAAGAGGCCUCGUUGACAGGCAAAGGGUCAGGGCAAGCUCAGUCCUCCACCCAGAUUCAAACACAGUCUAAGGAGGGCAAGUCAGUCAGCUUCCUGCUCAAGUCCGAGAAACCUGAGCGAGACAGGGAGAGGGAAAGAGACAGAGAGCGGGACAGAGAGAGGGAUCGUGAUCGAGAGAGAGACCUGAGCACGCCAUUGUCCAACCACUCGGAUACCCCAUCCUCAAACACAUAUACACACACUUCUCAAACCGGUACUAGCACCACGCCGACCUCGAGUCUACCACAAUCAUCAACAGCAGCCACAGCACCUUCCUCCUCCUCUUCUUCCUCCACCCAACGUCCCCCGUCUCGUUCUCAUAUGCACCGUUCACACACACCCCACUUGUCUCAUGGCCUUCCUGCUUACAAACCUCCCUCCGCCGACAGUCCCCUGCUCUGGACCUACCCUUCUGUCGGUUUCCGCCGCCCACCUGCCUACGACAGCCUGCGUGGGGGCUCGCAAUUGCCAUCCUUGCACACAGAUCCAGCAAAAACUGGAUCUGCAACCCUGGCAUUGCAGGCCAAGGCCGGGUUCAUUCCUUGGGAGAGUGCAGCUGGAAUGGGGCUCACCGAUGAACAGGCUUACUGGCCCAUGCACAGAAAAUUAUCAUUCAGUCAUGGGAGCCGAGACACAGAGAAGGAAGAUGGAAGCGUGUGGAACGGCAGCUCAGAAGCUCCUAUAAGGAGAGAAAGGGAUGACAUAGGAGCAGCCAUGCGGGGUGGAGGACACUCCGGGAUCCCUGUGCGGGCAACAGGGAGACACAGUGAAAGUUUGGCAGGGGCGGACGGACCCCCAGGGCUGAGAGGACUGAUACGAGCAGGACUGCCCUCACCCUGCCAAACCUUCCCAGCAUGCCGCAACGGAGAGUUGGGUCGCCUUGGCAGGUCAUCCUCCACAUCAGGAGUGAGGCAAGUUGGGGGUGACGUUCAAAGGCAGAGCAGUCUGCCAGCCAGAGAGGCACUCAACCAGUUCCAUGCACUCUCCCAGGUUCAUUCUCAGGCUCCCUGCAGUCCGUCAAUGACCCGGCAGCAGUACCAGCACCAGCAGAAAGUUCAGCUCCAGUUCCAGCAGCUGGCUCAGCUCGCCGCACAGGCCCAGGCUCCCAUCAACGCAGGCUCAUCCUCCACAGCCCCGGCCCAGCGUGAUGGAAAGCUCCUGGAGGUGAUUGAGAGAAAGCGCUGCCUGUGUAAGGAGAUUAAGGCUCAUCGCAGGCCGGAUAAGAGCUUAUGUAAGCAGGACAGCAUGCCUAUUUUACCCAGCUGGAGGAGAACACCGGAGCCACGCAAGACUGGAACACCACCCUGCCAGAGACCACAGGCUGUGGUGUGGGACACGGCCAUCUGACCAAGAGGGAAGAGAGAUGAUGUAGGAGGUGGGGAGAAAGAAAGCCAUGCAAAUGACUGAGAGAGAUACAGUGAAUGAAAAGAUACAAUGGAAAUGAGAGAAGUGGCCUUUGAAUGAAGAGAUUAUAAAACGACUAGAAAGAUGGCGGGGAAGAUAAAGCGAGAGAGAGGGAAAAGAACGAGUUGUACUGAAAGAAUAGCAUGAUUUAGAUUCAGUCUCUCUGUAGAGGCUGGAGAGAAAUCGUUCACGCAGUGUUUAUGUGCCAUAUAGCUCCAGCAGCCUAAACAAACACUCAAAAAACACACACUGGAGAACUACUUCAGUUUGAACUCUCUCUGACCUGCUGCGAAUAUAACCUGUGCUGUUGAGUUUACAACCUUUUCAAAACACUGGAAAGCUUUGGAGCACCAUGAACAUGAGUGAGGGGGAGAGAUGUGUUCUUUUCUUUUAAGGAAUAAAGAAAUAAUAAAAACUUAAAGAAGUGUAAAAAACCAAGAGACGCUACAAGAUCAUAGUGUGUGUUUCUUCAUAUCAUAAACUGUCUGUGAUUUUGGGCUAGUCUGUUUUUACUGACCAGACUUACUCAAUUAUGCUGCUGUUUCUGGGCACCCACUAUACUAAUGUUUUUUACAUUCCAGAAGAGUGUCAGAAUGUGUGCGCACGUGUGUUUGUGUGUGUGUGUGUGUGUGUGUGUGUGUGUGUGUUUGGUGAACUUCAUAGAUGUGCAUUAGAGGUGUGUGAGGUUGGAUGCAGACCAGAGAGGAAUAGAAAUGCUAUAGAGAGCGCAAAAUGGCAAUCUUAAGAAAAAAGUAAAUAAAACACAAAACUUUUCUGACAUAUGUAUAUCAUAAAAAGUCAUAAACUCUUGCUAACACGCAUAUACACACAUUCAGACACAGUAAUGGAUGAUGAAGGGUGUUAUGGUGCUGUUGUAGUUUGUAGAAGAGUGAUUUUUCUAAUUACUGCCUAUUAAUUGAGUGCCAAUUUGCUGAGUGUGGUGGCAUGUGAGUCUGCAUAUCUGGGUGAUUGAAGAAAGCAGUUCAGCAGAAGUUCUGACUUUUGUAGCAAUAUUUGUUAAAGCAGAUAGUCUAACACCCUCAAGAUAACAAUGGAGAAAAAACAAUAACCAGUUACAUCUUGGACAGAUCUUAAUCAUAUUAUUUCACAAGGACACAAAAUCAGUCUUAACAAUAACUUGAAAACAUCUUGAAAAUAGCAACCAAUAAGAUCACAGGAAGAGCUUCAUUAAAGGAAUGACUAGUGUGAAAUCUUUUGUCAUAAUUUACUCACCCUCAUGUUUUUCCAAACAGGUGUGACUUUUUUCCCUUAUGUGGAACACAAAAGGAGAUGUUUUAAAUAAUACCUUAGUGCAUCUUUACAAUACAAUGGCAGCUGAUAAAGACUCCAUGCAACUCAUACGUCAUACACUAUUCCAUGUCUUCUGAAGGCAUAUUCUUUCACAGUGGCACACAUGUAAGUCAGUAACUGUAAUCUAAUUAAAAUAAUUUAAAAAGUAAUGUGUUGCACUACUUUUUGACUAAAAAGUAAAAAUAUACUUUGUAAUCUGAUUACACCCAACACUGCACAUAGCACUCAUGAACGUGUAAUGGAUGUCAAGAUUUUCACAAAAAAACGUACUUGUAUUUUAAAACAAAAUCUCACCACAACCAAUCAUAUGACCUUAGAAGACUUGGAUUAUAAUGCAGGAGUUGCAUGGACUACUUUCAUGGUAUUUUUUUAUCCUUUCUAAGUGAGGAACUAUACACUGCCAUUGCACUGAAAAGACAGACCUUGAUAUUCAUAAAAAAUGUUCCACAUAAGAAAGAAAGUCAAACAGGUUAGGAAGGACAUGAGGGUGAGUAAAUUAUGACAGAAAUUUGAUUUUCAGGUGAACAAUUCCUCAAAAAAAAAACAGCUAAAAAUGUAAAGACCAAUAUACAGGCUGCUUUAACACAAAGUGUCAUUGCAUCACUGUUCAGCUAAAAACAUUCGUACUACCACAAUUUUGUAUCUGUUUACAUUCAAUCCAUAUCAGAAUGAUCAUACCCUGACCCAUCUCCGUGAGCUAACGUCCAACUUUCAGUCUCAGUCCAUUUGACAGCAUAGCCUAAUGUGUCAAUCACACAGGGUUGCCAUGGGGUUAGGCUUGAGAAUGGGAAGGGUAUCCAUGACAAUAAGAUCACAUAUAUGUAAGGUCUUUGUCAAUCACAUUCUAUUACAAUCAGGGUGAGCUGUCUAGUAACCCCCCGUUUCUUUGAAAGAAAAAAAUUUUUUAGAGCAAACUUCACCUCACACAGUCCAACACUCACACACACAUGCAUCUACACAACAUACUGGAACUUUCCACACAAAAGAAUGCAAACCACACAACAAGCUCUCAAGAUAAAAAACAAAACAAAAAAAAACAAGUGUUAAAAUCUGUAAAAUAAACAUGUACAACUGUAUUGAUUAUGUAGCAAUUAUUUCCACUUUCAUACUUGUAACCAGUAAAUAUAUUGUAGCAUAUGAUGUAUAAAAGUACAAGGUGUGUGUUUUAUAAAGAAAUUUAGUAGUUUUA